AUGCCGACCAUCACCGUGAGCGAGGGCAGCCCGCUGCUCGUGGGGCGCCGCAGCGUCGCGCGCAGCUCCGCGUCCACGCCGCGCUCGCCCUUCGAGACGGGCUUCCCCACGCUCUUCACGUCGCCGGCGCCGUCGCCGCGGCCGCACCGCCUGGCCUUCAACAAGCCGCAGCCGCGCCACCGCGAGCUGCACGUGUUCCUGACGCUCACCAUGUCCACGGUGGGCGCCGGCAUGCUCUCGGUGCCCUACACGUUCCUGCUGGUGCCCACGUGGGCCGCGCUGCUGGGCGUUGUCAUCGUGGGCGCCGGCAUGGCGCUCACGGCCAACGCGCUGCUGCUCGCGCACGUGCAGCUGGCCCAGCAGGAGGAGGAGCUGGAGCACAUCGGCUCGGGGCGGAAGUUCGCGUCCUUCCAGGCCAUCGCCGUCGCGGCGGGAGGCAAAGCGCUGGGCUACGCCGUGUCCGUCAUCACGGCCAUCGGCAUCUACGGCGGCUGCGUCGGCUGCGUGCGCAUCGUGCGCGACAUCGCGCCCUUCCUCGUGGCCAUGUUCUACCGCCUGGCGGCGGGCGCCAACGCGCAGCCGCUGCUCUCGGCGACGGCGCACCAGAUCGGAGACUACGUCAUGUGGGCCGUGUUCGUGCUGGUGGUUUUCCCGCUGUGCCUGAUGAAGAACCUGACCAAGCUGCACAUCUCGAGCUACUUGGGCUUCCUGUUCUCGGUGUACCUGGUCGUGGCUGUCAUCUACCGAUCCUUCUUCGCGCUGGACCCGAGGGACGAGGACAGUGACGAUGUUGAGGUGAACGGCACUGCGGCGGUUGCUGGCACGAUCUCCGCUGCAGUGAACGCAGCAGCAGAAGCGGCUGAGGAAGCGGCAGCGGCGGCCGCUGCUGCGAAGCUACCGACGGUAAUCACGGGGUCGGCCUUGUCACGCUUUGCGCAUGCAAUUUCGAUCUACAACUACGCGUUCAUGAUGCACCUGAACCUCGUCCCGCUGUUCAUCCAGCUUCGCGGCAGCUUUUCCGAGCCGCUCAAGGAGUCACGCUGGAAAAUGUCGCGCUGCAUCUACGGACUGAGCGCGUUUUGCGUCGUCUUCUACGCGGUCUUCGGGUACUUCGCGGAGAAGCUGUACACGGUGACAGUGCGUGGCAAUGUCCUCUUGAACCUUGAGAACGACCCUCUGAUGGACAUCCCGCUGGUCGCCGUGUUCAGCACUGUCGUGCUUUCGUUCCCGCUGCUAUUUCAUCCGCUGCGUGGUGUUCUGGAGGAACUCGUGUACACGACCAACCUGGAUGACAUCGCGUUCGCGACGCGCUUGGGCGGGUCGACGAUUCUGCUGCUGUCGCAAGUGCUGCUUGCGAUUGUCGUUCCGGGAAUUGAAGUUGUCUUCGGUCUCACAGGGGCCAGCACUUGUUUCAUGAUAUGCUUCGCCUUCCCAGUUAUCUUCUUCGCGAGGCUGUAUCCGUGGGAUGAAGUGAAGGGCGGCAAGCUGUGGAUCACGGCAUUGUGGGCCGUCGUCGCGUUCUUCAUGGUGGUCGGCAUCUCCGCGACGUGGUUCUUGCUCUCUGAAGGUUAG